UUUCACGGCCCUGGAUCCAUUCUGGACUUGAUACUCUGUCAAUCUCAGCCUGGCCCUGUCUCCCUGGUCUCACGCCGAAUCCCUCACUGCUCCCAGAUACUGAACCCUCUGCUGCCGGCGCUGCCCCUCCUGGCUAGCCUGCUGCAUGCCGCCCCUCGCCCAGCUGAGCAGCGAGUGGGCAUCAUGGGAGGACAAGAGGCUUCUGAGAGUAAGUGGCUCUGGCAGGUCAGCCUGAGACUUAAGUUCAGCUACUGGAUACAUUUCUGGGGAGGCUCCCUCAUCCACCCACGGUGGGUGCUCGCUGCGGCACACUGUGCGGGACCGCACACCCAAAGCCCAGAGCUCUUCCGGGUGCGGCUUCCUGAGCAGCAAUACUAUCAGGACCAACUGCUGCCUGUGAACCCGAUCAUCGUGCAGCCGAGGGUGGGGCUGGAGCUCGAGGACCCUGUGAAUGUCUCCAGCCAUGUCCAGCCCGUAUCCCUGGCCCCUGCCAUGGAGACCUUCCCCUCAGGAACAUCAUGCUGAGUGACAGGCUGGGGCGACAUUGAUAAAGGUGAGUCUCUCUCGCCACUGUAUCCCCUGAAGCAAGUGAAGGUGCCCAUCGUGGAAAAUAGACUCUGUGAUUGGAAGUACCACACUGGCCUCUCCACAGGGGACAAUGUUCUUAUUGACCGUGAUGACAUGCUGUGUGCUGGAAAUACUGGGAGAGACUCCUGUCAGGUGGGGUGCUCAGGGGGGGCACUGAUCUGCAAAGUCAAGGGUGCCUAGCUGCAAGCAGGUGUGGUCAGCUGGGGUGAGGGCUGUGCAGAGGUCAACCAUCCUGGCAUCUACACCCGGGUGACAUACUACUUGGAAUGGAUCCACCUCUAUGUCCCUGAGAACUGAGCUGCUUCCAGGGUCAGAGAAGAACCAGGCUCUGUUGUCUUUAACUCACUGCUUCCGGCUCAGGUGGAGCCCCUGACUUCUUGUCCUUCUGCCUCCCCGUCCCUCUGAGCCCCUGGCCACUCCUAUCCCCUGUGAUUCCCACCCCAGGUGGCUGCUGGGUCCUAACCAUCCUCUGUGACUUAUUAAAGUCAUGAAAACAGC